AUUCACCUUUUACUUAAUUUAUUAGAAAAUCCGAAACUGUUUUGCUUUUGACAAGGCGCAUGCGUAGAAAGUGUAAACAACAAAUAAAACGACAUUAACGUAAUAAAUAUUAAGCUAUCAUUUUGCUUACAGAAGUGAAAAGGACAUGUCUAGAUCAUUAUAGGUCUAGGUCUAGAUAAAGAUCAGAUUUAUACUUUAGAUCUACACUACUACUAAGUUGAGUAUUGUGUGACCUACAAACGUAUGGGGAAAAUCCGUUCGUAGCUGACUGUGGCUGUUGUCAUUUGGAAUUAGGUUUCCUGGAAGUUCCUCAGCAAUUAAAUCAUGUCUUCUUUGAAAAGAAAACAUUUUGAUUCCUAAUGAACGAUGUCGACGUUGGGGUAUGCCCAAAUCUAUUUGCCUCUCUGACAGCUCAUCUAAAUUGGAGUCAGUGUUUCAUUGGGUUUCCACUUUCUUAUGUUUGGGAAGAGAGAUGAAGUACUUCUAAAACAAAUUUAGUUCAUGAACUCAGAAUUUGGAACUCACUCCCCAUUGAGCUCUGACAGACCACGUACAUCCAAGUUCAAGAACAAAGAAAAUUGUUAUUUGCUUGUUUAGCUCUUUUUUCUGUCUGUUAUAAUCUUCAACUGUCAUUAUUAUUUCGGUGGUGCAUGAAUUCACCUACCUGGGAUCAUCUAUCACCAGCAACAAAACGAAUUGGAAAGGCCUCUAUGGUGACUAGAGCAAUGGCAAACCUAUCUAAACGAGUUUCGGAAAAUGCUAAAUUGACCACGGUUACCAAGUGCUAGUCCACAAUGCCUGCCUAGUGAGCACUCUACUUGAAGGCAACGAGAACUGUUCAUCAGACAUGCAUCAAGAGCAUAGAUUAAAUCGUUUUCACAUGCGCUGUUUGCAUUAUGUGCAUCUCUUGGAGAGAUAUAGUGUCUCUAGUCAAGAAGUUUUCAAACUGGUCAGGACGCACAGUGUCUAUGCUCUAUUGAUGCAGAAAAGAUUGCGUUGGCUUGGACAUAACAUGCGCAUGCCAGAAUAAAGAAUUCACAAAGACAUUAUCUAUGCUGAGCUUGCGGAGGGAGUCAGAUCAAAGGGACGCCCAAGACUAAGCGUGAUCCUAAGACAUCAAUGAAAAUAAUUGGGAUAAAAUUGCACAAUAUCGGACAGCAUAGAGAAAGACUGUGUGCUGGUAUAAACAUUGCAGAGAGCACAAAACUGAAGCAGCCUUAGAUAAGAGAAAGAGGAAGAAAGCUGCCAUAUUCGCUAGCUCUAAAGCAGAUGCAUUCACUUGCAUGAUCUGUGUCAAAGUUUGCCAUCCCAGAAUCGGCUUGUUUGGCCACAUCCGUCAAGAAAAGUUUAGGAAACGCUGCAUUAGGAGCAAUUACAAUUGUGUUACUUCAAGAGGUCAAUCUUCAGAGAGGACAUUGUUAGGAUUCAUAGAAAUGGAUCCAGAGAAAGAAAAGAUGUUGUCACUUCUCAAAACUCAUUCCCAGACAAUAGUACCUAGUUUCAGGAGGAACACAGAAACCUACACUAGCAUUGGAAGUCUUCCCAACACACUGAUAUCUCCCUGUGCUAGUAAACCACAGAGUUGUCCCAGUAGCUGCUUGAGUGUACACAGUUGUCAUUACAGCACACACUCUGUCACGUCUUUAGCCAAGUCUUCAAAUAAUGUGAAUCUGUUCAAAGAGAACUAUGUCCCUCUACCUGCUGUAGAGAAAGUAUGGCAAUCUGACUCAGACUUGUUCAACUGUUGUAGAAUCUGUCAGGUUUCAGGGGACAGUGACAACUUGGUGUCCCCUUGUAAAUGUUCAGGGAGUUUGAAAUAUGUCCACUAUAGUUGCUUGCUGAAAUGGAUUGAAUACUCUAGCAGAAGAACAAGGGGAGAACCUAUGUGUGAGCUGUGUCAUUUUGUUUAUAAAAGACAUAAACGAUUUAGAUUGAGAAAAUGGAAACUACCCAAUGUAUCAAAAAAAGAUAAAUGUCUACACACAAUAUUUUUCUUCACAUUAAUUCUCAUGAUAACCUGUGCAGUGGCUACAGUUCUCUGCUUCCUAUCUGAUCAUGGCCAGGUGGCAGACAACAAAUCCCAGCUCAGUACAGAAGAGGUCAUAACACUGACAUGUGGGGUUCUGUUCUUUAUUUCUUUCUUUGCCGCCAUGACGGUGGAGAUUAAAGCCAGACACACUGUGUACAGACUGUUUCGCAAAUUCAUAGUGCGCAAUACAGAAUGGCAGAUAGAGCCUUACAGCAAAUCUUAAUUUAAAAAGUUUCUAUUUUAAUUUGUGAUGUUUAUAUUUUUUGUGAUACUUUUUUUCUCUAUUUUAUACUGUGUAUUUAGAAUUUAUUGAAAAGUUUCUUGCAAUACAGUAAUUGUUUAAUUAUUUACUAUUAUGGGAACUUUCCUUUAAUAUAAACAAAAUGUGCAUUUUAAUGUGAUUUCCUACUAUUUUUUGGAUACAUUAAUAUAUUUCAAUAUUUCUGCAAAAUGGAACCAAUAGCACACUGUUUGAAUAACUUUCAAUUCUAAUGUUUACAUGCAUGUUAGUUCUUGUUUUCACUUUAGAAUAUUUUAUAUAACUCUCUAUCCUUCAAAACUUUUAUCUGUUCUGCAAUACUGUGGGUGAAAUCAAGGAAACAAACUGUAAAUGACUAUAGUUUUAUGCUAUGUCUGUAUGUUGUUACACUUCCUUUUUAAGUUCUAACAAAGCUUUUUGAAUGUUCAUUUUUUACAAACAUUAGUUUUUAUUUUAUCUCAUUAUGUUUUUCAAUAAUAAUAAAAAAAAAUUGCAUCAAUACUACAGGAUGGUGUUGAUGGACUUUAGAGUUUUGAAAAUGUUUCUUUAGAUCAAAACAGACUUGACUUCAAAAAUAAUUCCUAAAAUCACUACUGUUUUUGCAUUCUACACAUUUUUAAUAUAUAUAUAUAUUUUUAUGGUCACAUCAGCUGCGCUGAGGGGGGGGGGGGCGCUGUGUGGGCGACAUCGUUCUGACCAUAGAAAAUUCCCAGGCUUUCAUCUCGCUUACUCAAAGCCCAAACCCAAAAAUUGGACCAAGAAAGCUAUGGACAGUGAGAAAACAUGGACCUCAGCUCUUAAAGAAAAGCGUGCCAUACGGAAAAUGGAUGGCUCUUCUACCACCAAAGCAAAAGCCACCUUGACCUGCAAUAGAUGUGUAUGGGAGUAUCUCUCCAAAAUAGGGCUCCACGGCCAUAUGAAAAUGUGUUAUAGAUGAACAAUAGUCGUUCUAUGACUGAAGGAGGCCAAUAUGAAUAUGAUAUAAAUAUAUAUAUAUAUAUCUGUUGGCCCAGAUUUUAAAAAAAAUGUCAGUAUUUUUAACCAUGCAGAUGUACACUGGUACAACCAAAUUACAUUUUAAACCUUUUCUUUUCCGAUGUUAUUCUAAUCCUUGCUGUAACUUGACCAUCAUCACAAAAUGUGUUGUUUUAAACUAUCAAUGUGAAUCUUCAAGCGGAGGAAUUUAAAAUCAUGUUCAAAAUUACUGCCACCCAACCUAAAAAAUGUUUUUACAGUUAUGACUGAAAAAAAAAUCCAUCAAUUUUAGACUUUUAAAAUAAAGCUCCUAUUUUCCCAAAUGUCUAAAUUGGAAACUUAAAUUGUAUGGACUUAGUCCCAAAUUGAAAGCAAAUAUCAGGGUUUGUUUUGUAUAAAUAAAACUAAGUAAAAUGUACAAUUUGCUUUUUUUUUUUUCUCUUUGAAAAUAAAAGUUUUGUCUAAUUUGUAAAAUGAGAGUUUAACCAAAUAAUUGAAGUGUUCACUUUAAUAGAUAAACAUCAAAGAAUGUAAAUAAUAAAUGUACAGUCCAAAGUAAUUGGCUGCUAGAUAGGAACUAGUCCUAUGGAGAGUGGAAAUAGUGAAUGUACAGUCCAACUAACUGGGACUGGCUGCCAGGUAGAAACUUGUCAUAUUUAGAUUGUAGAUAAUAAAUGGCCAGUAUCAUACCUCAUGUCUUUCAUGAAUUUGUAUCUUGAUUUCAUACAAAUGUUUUUAUUACUCUAUGAAAAUGUUCUGUUCAAGUUGAUGUCUUAGAUUACGUUUGUAAGAUUACACUGAAUAGUUCUGUAGAGUCAGUUCCAUACAUUGUUGUUUUUUUUAUCUCAGCCACUGACUCUCAAUGAGCAGCUCAAUUAAGAACUAGUAAAUGUAAUGCAGUGUUAGUCAUUAUUGUAACUAUUUUGUCUUGGAAAAAAAAACACAACAAUUUGAUAACAAAGUCCUCUUUAUUUGUAAAAUUUGUUUCUUGCAAUAGAUUUUGUAUCCUAUUCUUUGAUUGUAAUUCAUAAAACUGCAAUGCAAAUAAAACAAAUGUCAACUUUCUAAAUAUGUUUGUACAUAAACAGCAUAUUUUUAUAUUGUUUUUUUCCUAUGAAUAUGAAGUCAUUAGGUAAUAAAGAAAGAACAAAUGUUACA